AUGCAGCGAACGAAGCAGCCGCACUCGGAUCAGCCGGAGCCUGAUGCAGAGACCGCGUGCAAGGAUGAGGAGGAUGAGGGCCCGAAGGGAGACAUCGUGGCAGAAUCAGAUGUCGCUGUGGACCCUGUGGACCCCUCUCAAGGUGCACUGGCUGAGCGCAAUGACGCGCAGCCGGGCUUGCGCCAGUGGGCAACGGUCCUUCUGGGCCUUUUGGUCACAGUGCUCUUCUCGGGGCCUAUCUUUGGAUGGGCCUCUUGGCAGCCGCUGCUUGAGGAGGACGGCGUCUAUCGCGAUCUUUGUGGGGAGGAUCCGGUGUGCAAGGCCCGUAGUAGCCGCAUGGUCCUGCUUUACACUGUGGGCCAAAUGGCAGCAAUUUGGGGCCUAUCCCUCGUAAGCUUUGUGACGGACCAGGCUGGGCCACUCUUCCUCGUGGCGGUAGGAGGGCUGAUGACUUCAGUGGGCCUGCUCGUCAUGGGCCAGGCUGAGGGAUCUGGCAUGGGAGUGGAUGUUUUGGGAAUCUCGACGGUCUUGAUCGGUGCAGGAGGCUCUGCUUUGAUUAUGCAUGCCAUGAAGCUCGCCUUCAUUGUGCAGCCGCGGUACUUUCCCAUAGUUAUGACGUUCGCGAACUGCCUUGUCGAUGCCUCGGCUGUGAUUCCCGUCGGCUUCUACCAGAGUUACCGCCUGGGCCUGACACGCUCCACCAUCUUCGGCUUCUAUGCAGCGCUCUGCCUGGCACUGAGCGCCCUGCUGGCACUCAGCUGGUGUGGGCCGCCCCUCCGAACCCUGGAGGCCCGCAACGCAGCGGAGCUGAGGGCUUCGGAGGAACUGGUGGCAGGUACGUCCUCGAAGAACCCCCGGCUCCAUGGCCAGUCGGUAAGGCGACAAUGUGCAAGUCUGGAGUUUGCCUUCAUCAUGGUGGUCUUCACGACGCAAGUGUUUACUUCGAACAGCUACUUGGGCUACAACAAACUCUUGCUCGAGUCCCUUGGUGAUGCGGAGACAGACUAUGCUUACGUUCAAAUCUUCACAGCUCUUCUUCCAGCUUCCUCCCUUUUUGCGCCGCUGUACAGCCUGCUGCUUUCAAAAAAGGGCUUUGCAGUGACCUUCUUCGUGGUGAUCUUCCUGAACAUUGUCUGGAAUUCUGUGGCGCUGGUGCCAUCCCUCCAGCUGCAACUCGUUGGUUUUAUCGCCUUUACGAAUUACCGAGCUUUACUCUACUGUGCAGCAUUCUCGUUUCUUGGGCAUACGUUCGGGAAUCGAACGUUUGGAACCAUAAAUGGUUUGAUCUCACUGGUAACUGGAAGCAUCUCCUUCCUAAUUUGGCCGUGCUCGGACCUCUCGCAGCGGUUGUUUGGAAGCGUCUCGGCCAUGAGCGCACUCUUGUUGCUUCUAUGCUUGCCGCUGAUUCUGAUGACCUUCCGCUUGGCACAGUUCUUGCGGACAGCUCCAGCAGGGGACGCAGCCGCCCUCAUGGGUCUGGCUCGUGCGCGACUCUUUCGGCUGAGUAAGAAGCUCGGCACCUGCGCGGUGGCUGACCGUGACGACAGCGUCGAAGCUUUACGUGCUGCGAAGGAUGCUCACGUGCUCUUUGCCGCUUCCGGCAAUGAUGCGGAGCAGACCAACGCACUCCAGCUCGUGGCGCGUGUUCUUCUGUUCAACGGCGUGCACCCAGAUGUUGUUGAGGUCCGGUUCUCAGGUUAUGAGCGAACCCCUCAGUCCAUGAUGUGUGACUACGAGUAUGUUCAUCAUCUGAUCUUUACGAUCUCUUGGCCCAGGCUGGAUCGUGGCAAGUUUGCUUGGCGGAACCCCAUCGCUGGCUACUGCUAUACCGUGGUGUGGCAGCCCACGAAGGUGCUCGGGGCUCGGUCUGACAUGUGCCUCGCUUGUCCCAGGGCGCGCGGGCAGUACGACAUCCUCACUCUCAGUUACAAGCACAAUGCAGUGCCCACGGCGGUGGGCCUGCGGUCGAAUGACGCAUCUGAGAGGAAUGAACACAUGAUGGUGUUCAUGACGACGCAGGACCAUGCGAUGAACUAUUCUGCGACAGUGAUGAAUGUCCAGCACACCAUCGGAGGAGUGGUCGCAGCAAAUCUGCGAAAGCUCGUCUUCGUGCAAUUUGGUGAGUCUUUCUUCGACUGGACGGACACCUCGGCCCGCACGGUCGAGAUGCACUCCCUGACCCUCGGAUUGCUCAGGUCCGCCAGGAUCGAAGCGCCCUUUUUGACCAUCGGCUUCGUGGGAGGCGACCUUGCCUCGUGGGCACAGGACCCCGCUCCACUCAUCGAGUCCAUCUUUGAUACCAUUGAGUCGGAUGAGUGUGAGAUUAUUUACCGAAACGGUGAGGGCUUCGCACCAUCCAUGGUACACAAGCCCCUAGAAGAGACGGUUUCCGCCGUCAAGCCUGGCAAGGUCGCGCACUACAAGAGGCCAUGGGCCUUUCAUGGACCAUAUGUUCCUUUCACAGUUCUGAGCCCCGAGUCAGUCUCCCCAAUCAGACGGCGAUUGCAGGUGAUAAAGCGCUCUCUCUGCUCUGAGCACGACUUUCGACGACAGACGCUGCAACAGCUUGCCUGCAUUGCUCUGGUAGGCAUGAUGCAGUGA